AUGACAGAUACGUGGGUUAUCGUCGGCGCCUCUCGAGGUAUUGGCCUCGAGUUUGUCCGUCAAUUACUACAGAAUGGCCACCACGUCAUCGCAGGGGUCAGGAAUGUAUCGAAGGCUGAUCGGCUUCUCGAGUUGAAAUCGCAUUGCACAACGCCAGAGCGAUGCAUCAUUGAAGAGUGUGAUAUCACGAAUGAAGAAAGUAUUCAGAAAUUUGCCAACAGGGUUGGAGACGCUGCCAAGGAAGGGCUAAAAGUCAAGAAUAUUGUUCUCAAUGCAGGCAUACUCCAGUAUCCUAACCGUGCAACUGAGCUUUCUUUUCCCGAGUUUGCUCUCCAUUUGCACACCAAUACUAUCGGGCCUAUUAUAUGUGCCCAGAAACUCGUUAAUCUCGACCCAGAAUCGCCACCUUCCAAGAUUGUAUUCAUUUCCUCAGACUCUGGAUCAACUACUCUUUUCCGAGACGAUGAAGAUGGAUUUGGAGCGUACGGCGCGAGCAAGGCCGCACUUAAUCAAAUGCUUAGACAUAUGGCGGCCGAACUAACGCGAAGGGGUGGCAAGUGGAGCGAUACCUGCGUUCUAGCCAUGCAUCCUGGUGAGGUGCAAACGGACAUGGCCAAUAUUGAUCUUGGUUGGGAAGUGAAAGGCUCUAUCCAACCCGAUGAAAGCGUCACGGGAAUGCUCAAAGUCAUCGAGGAAAAGGAUGAAACUGGCAGUUUCUGGUGCUGGGAUGGAAGACGACACCCCUGGUGA